AUGGCUGCUCAGAUUUUGUUGAGAUCAGGACAAUUUCCUUCUGCUUUUUUCCAGCAGCUUCUCCACAAGCUAGAGUCUCCUGAACUCGUUCAUUUCUUUCGUAAACAUAAACUGGAUGAGGCAUGGCUGAAGAAGUUGAAGAAAACCAUUUUAACUAUCAAUGCAGUGAUCGACGAUGCUGAGAAGAAACAAUUCAGAAAGCUGGAAGUGAGCGAUUGGCUUGCUCAGAUUACGGACUUUUGCUAUGAUCUUGAAGAUUUACUGGACCAGAUUGCCACCCAAGCUUCGCGGAGCAAGUUGGCAGCUGAGCCCCGAGAAUGGAGCUUGGUAUUUACAUUUUCGCAUGAUAUAGGAGUCCGUAUGGAUGAAUUAAAUGCCAGGUUAGAACAACAUGCGGAGCAAAAAGAUAGACUUGGUUUAAAAGAAGAUUACAUUGCAGUAACGAAAUCCAUUCUACUGCCUACAAUGGCAAAUGAUCAGCAACCCCAAGUUGUAUUUGGCAGGGAUGAAGAUAAAGAGACUAUAGUUAGGCUGUUGGUUUCAGGUGACAAUCAAACAGUUGAGCAGUCAGAUGUCAUUGCCAUUGUGGGAGAAGGUGGAGUUGGCAAGACCACCCUGGCUCAGCUUGUGUACAACGAUGAAAGGGUGAACAGAUAUUUUGACUGCAAAGCUUGGGUUUGUGUUUCGGGUGCUUUUGAUGAGAAAAGAUUGAUUAAAGCUAUUCUGGAACAACUCACUGAUCAACCUUCGGGUGUUGAAGAUCUGAAUUCUCUUAAAGUUAAGUUGAAGGAGAGUCCUAACCUGAAAAAAAUUCUAUUCAUCUUAGAUAACGUUUGGUGUCAAGAGUCUACCAUCUGGGAAAUUCUGCGGUUUAUUCUUACCUAUGGGGAGAACGGAAGUAAGAUUGUUGUUACCGCACGCAGUUCAGAUAUUGCAGCACUUAUGGGCACUCUUCCCUCUUACCAUUUGAAGCCAUUACCAUACGAAGAUAGCUGGAUGCUUUUUGCAAAAAGUGCAUUUGAAAAUGAGGAAUCCAGAUUAUAUCCCAAACUAGAAACUAUUGGCAAAGACAUUGUGAAGAAGUGUAAUGGUUUUCCUUUAGCGGCAAAACUGCUUGGACGUUUAAUGCGUUUCCAGCCAACGGUUGAAGAGUGGGAUGCUGUGUUAAAGAACAACAUAUUUGAUUCUUCAUCCGACAGGAAUGGCAUUUUCCAAGCUCUUAUGUUGAGCUAUUAUUAUCUCCCUGCACAUCUUAAGCGAUGCUUUGCAUACUGUUCGAUAUUUUCCAAGGAUCAUGUGUAUGAAGAGGAGAAGUUAAUCCUCCUAUGGAAGGCCGAAGGCUUUCUGGAGCAGCCAAGUCGUGAAAGAAUGGAAGAGGUAGGCCAUCAGUAUUUUCAAGAGUUGAAAUCAAGGUCUUUCUUUCAGCAAUCAAGCACCAUUAGAUCUCACUAUACAAUGCAUGAUCUUGUUCAUGAUUUAGCUAUUAUCGUAUCUGGAUAUUACAUUUCAAGAUUGCCAAAUCAAGGUCAGUUUUCUAGCUCGGUCAAUCAUGAUUACUUUUCGAGAUUGGUAGAUGUUAAGAUUUCAGAUUUUGGUUUGAACAAAGUUCGGCAUUCGUCAUUUUGUGGAGGCAAUUUUAGCGAAAUUGUUGAUGAUUCUAAACCUGAGUUCUUAAGGACCCUUCUACCAUAUGAAUUGCCGCCAGAGAAUGAAUCAAGUCACAUAAGCAGUGGGGUACUAGAGAUUCUGUUGGAUAACCUAUACUGCUUGCGGGUGCUUUCUUUUUCUCAUUAUCCUAUAAUUGAGUUGCCUGAUUCAAUUGGUGAUGAAUUGGAACUUUUACGGUACCUUGAUCUCUCUCACACUGCAAUUAGUAGGUUGCCAGAUUCUGUAAACUCUCUCUACAAUUUGCAGACAUUGAUCUUGUCAAAUUGUAAUUCUCUCAUUAAACUGCCAAGGAACAUGGGGAGCCUUAAUAAUUUGAGUCAUCUCGAUUUAGUUGGAACUAACUUAAAAGAGAUGCCUGCAGACAUUGGUAGAUUAACAAGCCUUCAGAAGUUGUCUGACUUUGUUGUAGGCAAAUAUGGUGGCUCAAGUAUUAAACAUUUGGGGUCCCUUUUAAAUCUUCGAGAAGCUCUUCAUAUCUCACAGUUGCAGAAUGUGGUAUUUGCUAGUGAAGCAUCCCUGGCCAGUUUGAAAAACAAGGAGGAACUUGAUGUCCUGGAGUUGGAAUGGAGUGACACCACAGUUGAUCCACAGACUGCAAGAGAAGUGCUUGAACAGCUGCAACCUCAUGCGAACCUGAAAAGGCUCAGCAUUAAAUUUUACAAUGGCAUAGAAUUUCCAGACUGGCUAGGAGAUUUGCUUUUCUCUAAUAUGGUGUUCCUAUGUCUCAGCAACAGUAAUAAUUGCUUACAAUUACCUCCACUUGGGCAGCUGCGGUCUCUUAAAGUGCUUAUUAUCAAACAGAUGAAACAAGUGAAAAGGAUCGGUCCAGAAUUCUAUGGGGCAAAUAGUUCUUCAGAUCUCAGGCCGUUUCCCUCUUUGGAGACUCUAAUUUUUGAGGCAAUGCUGGAAUGGGAAGAAUGGAUUUCUACUGACAUUGAAGGAGCAGAGUUUCCUUGUCUUCAGGAGCUUCAUAUUCGAAAAUGCCCAAAGUUGAAAAGGAGCUUACCCAAGUGCCUUCCUCCUUCGACUAGAGUUGACAUUUCAGAAUGUCCAGAGCUUGUAGUGGCACUUCCCCAAGAACCUUCUAAGCUUUUGAGUGAAGAUGUAUCAGGUAUUAAGCAUGAAGGUCCAUCUCUAAGAGCUGAAACUGUUGAUAAGAUGAGCAUAGAGAACACAGAGUCUGCCAAAGACAAUUUGCAUGAUAUCCUUGAUUUUGAAAGGUUGAAAGUUUCAGAAAUCUCACAAUUAGAGAAAUUACCUCCAAACCUUUGCAGCCUUAAAAUUGAAGGAUGUGAAGCACUUAAGUCUAUACCUGGGGGACUGAUGCACCGUAAUCCCAAUCUCCAGCACUUAUAUAUCAUCAAUUGUCGGUCUCUCAAGUUCUGCCAUGGAGGAUAUUGGCCGACUGCCUUGAAAACUGUAUAUAUACGCAACUGUAGGAAAUUAGAAUUCAUCUCCCUUGGAGUGACAAUACAACUGUAUCCAGUCCCUGAACACUUGUGCAUCGGCAGCAGCUGUGAUUCUCUGACAGAAUUCCCUUUAUCCUCCUUUCCAAAGCUCAGAAGUCUAGUCGUUUGGGAUUGUGCAAAUUUCAAUUCCAUACUGAUUACUGAGGAUCAUGAAUCACUUGGUGCCAUGGAAAUCAGGGAUUGUCCUAGCCUGGAAUAUUUCCCUGAAGAAGGAUUGCUGAGCCCCAACCUUAAGUCAAUUCUGCUUUCUAAUUGCAGUAGUCUCAGGGAACUUCCUAAGCAGCUCCAGAGACUGACAUCUCUUGAGUCACUGUUUAUAAAUGAAUGUCCAGAACUCAAGUCAAUUCCUGAAGCGGGGUUUCCUAAUAACUUAAGCUCACUUUGCAUCAUUUCUUGCCACAAACUCACACCCUGUAAGGAAUGGGGAUUACAAGGGCUUGAAUAUCUUAGUCGUUUUGAGAUUGACGAUCUAUGUAGAUACUUGGAAUCAUUUCCAGAGCAGGAGCUGCUUCCCAGCAACCUUAAGUCUCUACGAAUUAGCAGACUUUCGAAUCUCAAAUUCCUGGACUAUGAGGGCCUUCAACACUUGACAUGUCUUGAAGCAUUAGAGAUCAACUGCUGUGGCAAGCUUCAGUCUUUUCCUGAAGAGGGUUUGCCAUCCUCCUUGACCUUCUUGUAUAUUAAGGAGUGCUCUUUGCUGCAAUCAAAACUUCAAAAUAAGAGAGGGAAAGACUGGUACAGGAUAUCUCAUAUUCCCCACAUACAAAUUGAUGAGGAACUCUUCUCAUGA